AUGAAGCAUGCGCCUAAUACUCGAAUCACGAACCCUGUUGGCACCAAGUCUACCUCACGAACUAAUGUCUCUGUGAACCGCAGGCGCAUUACGACUACAAACGCUUCUAGAACGCCUGCCGCACAAAUAGCACCUCCAUCGCGUCCUAACAACGAAGCGCCGCGUACUCAUAAUCAAACUUCAGCUGGCUCUGUCACUCCUGUGACAAUCAGUGCACCUGUACCAAAGCUAACUUCUGUCAUUCCUGAUAAUGUAUUGUCGACAACGUCAACCUUAGGUGCUACCCCCAGUUCUACCAAUGGACAACUACUGAACAACGAGGCCGAGCUGCUCUUAGCAAAUCUAGAAAAGACAUGUAUCUUUUGCGGCGAACACAAUGAGGCCUUUACAGAGGCCGGCUUUGAUUUGCACUAUUGGAAAAGCUGUCCCAUGCUUAAAAGGUGCACCAACUGCCGACAGGUCAGUUAA